GAAUGUGACGUAAAGUCCGAUCAAGAUGCAAUUGCCUCGUGCCGAACCUGUACGAUCGCAGAGAGGGUUCAAAAGGGGAGGGACACCCCGGAUUCCCAGCUAUCUAAGCAGUCCAACAUCGCCUUCAAUCACUCCUCUCGAACUACUCCAAAUCCCUUCAUUCUCCUCUUCACAAUGUCGCCAACUUCUACAGAUACUGCCUCCGCUGCAGAGGCUAAGAAUGGCACCUCCACACCCUUUGUCAACACCAUGCCCGACUCGACCUUCAGCUGGCAGGUCACACUCGCGCAAAAGGUGAUCGCCAUCACAGGCGCCAACCGCGGCAUUGGAUUGGGCAUUGCGGAAGUGUGUCUCGCCAAUUCCGCAAAGUUCGUAUAUUCAAUGGAUCUCAUGGAGCCUGGAGAGGAGACCAUUGCCCUUCAGACCCGCUACCCGAACUUCCGAUAUAUCCAGACCGACGUGACAUCCGAGGAGAGUAUCGAGAAGGCAGUGAAUCAGAUUGUGGAAGAAACCGGGCGAAUUGAUGGGCUGGUGGCUAAUGCGGGCAUGACCAAACACCAACCAGCGCUCAAGUUUGAGCGCCCGGAUUUGGAGCGCAUGUUCAACCUAAAUGUUUUCGGUGCAUAUUUCUGCGCCCAGAUUGUCGCUCGCAAGUUCAUGGAGCUUGGUAUUAAGGGGUCCAUCGUUAUGACUGCUAGUAUGACUUCUUAUCGUCCGAAUCGCGCUGCUCCGUCUGCACCCUAUGGCGCUACUAAAGCCGCAGUGCGCAACAUGUGUCACACCUUGGCGAUGGAGUGGAGCAAGCACGGCAUCCGCGUGAACAGCAUCUCCCCUGGUUUUGUCCGCACCGCGAUGACCUACUAUGUGGAAACCGCCCCGGACUGGGAUACAAAGAUGGAAUACUACGGAGGAAUGCCUCGUCUGGCCGACCCUCGAGAGCUGGGAGGUGCUUACGUGUAUCUGCUCAGCGAUAGCAGCUCCUACACCACUGGCAUUGACAUCCCCAUUGCAGGCAUCGUCGGUGCUUGGUAGUGUGCAUGAGGCAGAUCAGGCUUGGUGUGGACUUUCAAGAAUCGCAUUCAGCCGGCGUUUUAAUGGAAUCAUAUGUACAUACACGACCCUUUCUAUUAACAGGAUAGACGACGACCCCGAAUGACAGUGAGG